UUAGUUUUACUCGGAACGAGCCUACGACCGGUUUAAAACAUUAAAAUUGUUGGUGAAAAAAUUUUAGGUCGAAAUAUGGCUUUUAAUAAAAUUGAUGGUGUUACAAGCUUUUCGAAACAACUAAAUCGGUGGCGCAACGUUGUUGUUUUGAUGUGUCAGCAAUCAAGGAAUAGCCACGUGGCCCAACGACCAGCGGCAGUAGAGCAAGUUGUCUCGGGCGAAGCAGUGACCAAAAUGACCGACCACUUGGCCUGGUCGAAAAACUCGCCUGUCAGCCUGCUCGUGGAUACCGCUCGGAAGCCGCAGCACAACAGGACUCUCGAGUUGAAGAAAGCCGCUGCGCAGCUCAGCAGGAGCAACGAGUCUCUGAAGGCGCACUACAUUCAGAAGCGAAUCGACCGCUCCGCGGAGGAGCUGCUCGCUAAGGAGCCGCAGACGGCCAAGAAGCUGGCCAGCUUGAUGUCCCUCAACAUUGCAAUGGUGGAGACGAAGCGGCCGCGAUCUUCCAGCGCGCCAGCGAGGGGCAUGGAAACCAGCCACCCAACUGGCGCUAUCGACUUCAAGCCGCAAACCCAGCGCAUCCCUCGUUGGCAGCCUAAGAAAGCAACCAUGGAGGCUUCCGCUUUCAAUGGAGGCAGUUUGAAAGUGGAAAAGGACCACCAGAAGGGCGAUCUUAAUAGCGCUCCAGUGCUGGCUGAGCCAACAAAAAUGGCCGAGCUCCCUCAACAGAAAUCGCCUGAAGUGGAAGGCAAACUGGGCAAAGCUGCGAGUGUGGAUGCGUUAAAAACAGCUUCAUUGAUUAAUCUGGCCUCGGAAAAUCAGAUUCUGCGAAAACCGACAGAGGUAGCAAAGGAACCGAUUGCAAAAAACUUAAACUCCCUGACUAAAUGGAAAAUAGGAUCCAGGUCCAUACCCCGUCUAGAUAUUUAAUGUACCCCGUAGGCGAUGGCAGGAAGUUCGGUUACGUUUGUCCUUAAGAUUGAUGAAGAAGAAUUAUAGUUUAUGAUUAAUAUAUUAUUUUUGGCACAAUAAAUUUCAGUAAAGCAACAAGAAA